UAGCAGAAGUAACUAGGAUUGUGUGGCAUAUAUAUAUAAUAUACAGUUUCGAAUUGAAGAUGCAAUCUGCGAAGCAGAAAGUAAGCGACGCAGCUGCUGCUGCCAAAGAACACCUCGAUAUUCUUGCAGCCAAGACUGAUGAAAAGGUGGAGAAAGCAGCGGCGAGGAGCAAGGAGGAGAAAGAGAUAGCAGUGGAGAGAAGAAAAGCCAAAGAGGGUGAAGCCAAGAUGAAUCUUCAUGAAGCCAAAGCCCGUCACGCUGCCGAGAAACUGCAGGCCAAGCAAGCUCAUCUUUACCAUGGCGCCAACCCGGUAGUUGGUGGUCAAGUAGGCCACCACGAACCCGUCGGCACGGUGGCUCCGACCACCGGCGCGGUUAUGCCGGGCUACCCUCUGGGAGGCUACCCCCAUGGCCAUGGACGACACACUAGAAAUAUCUAGCCGGUUGGCCAGUUAAUUAGCUACUGAUAGUUCUUUGGUGCAAUUAUAUGUCUUUUUAGUUUUGUUUUGUUUCAUUUCUUGGGGUUAUUGAUCUUUGAUCUCCUUCCUAUUUUGGAUGCUGUUGUAUUUGGUUGUUUGUUUAAUUUUCAUGGUUAAGUUGUUGUUAUCUUUCAAACUCUCAUUUGCUUGGCUUUCACAUCCAUAUGGGAUGAAAAUAUUUAAUUUGGG